AUGCCAUUCUCUAGAAUCCUGAGUUUCCAGGAUGACAAAUGGAACAACCCUGAAGACUCUAUAGGUACAUUCAUCGGAUUCUUGCGUGGUGGCAGGUAUCGCUGUUGGGAGGCAGUUGGUCCAGCCCGUCUGGCGUUUAGCGAAUUGAGCCCAGACAUUAAAAAUUGUCUUGAGACUUCCAACAUCCCCCCUGCUGAUAUAGUGUCGUGGUCUAUCUAUAUGGUUGGACAUACCGAGGAGAACGCAGCACCGGAGAUUUUGAUUUGCUCCACGGACUCGAAGACGCGUAAGAAGUUGAGGAAACUCAUCAGAGACAGUAAGAUCAUGGACAAAUACCCUGGUAUAGGACUUGGGGAUGUUUCGGCAUUACCCGACCGCCCUGUCAUCAGAGAGUUACCUUAA